AUGUUGGAGGGCUUCCAGAUCUUGGUUCAGGAUACAGUACAAGGAACCAUUCACAAGAUAAAAUUUGGCUGUGACUCUCAAAUGAGCGUUUCAGAAAUGUCGUGUAGUGAAAGCACAUCUGCAUGUCAGUCUCUUGAAGACGGCUCAGUUCCAGAAAUUCUCAUUAGCCUACUUUAUAAUGCCACAAAUGGAAGGCUAUCAGCAGAAGUGAUAAAAGGCAGCCACUUAGAAAAUUUGGCAGCAAACAGACCACCCAAUACUAAGUUAACUCUACUGAAAUCCGUGGAUCAAGAGAUGUCCAAAUGCAAGAUAUCCAUCCGCAGAGGGCAGCCAAAUCCAGUAUACACGGAAACUUUUGUUUUUCAAGUGGCCCUAUUUCAGCUUUCUGAUGUGACACUCAUACUGUCUGUGUAUAACAAAAGCAGCAUGAGAAGAAAAGAGAUGAUAGGCUGGAUUUAUUUAGGUCUCAACAGCUCUGGAGAAGAACUCAAUCACUGGACUGAAAUGAAAGAGUCGAAAGGACGGCAAGUACGUAGAUGGCAGGUGUUGCUAGAGUCAUGA